AUGCAAGCGAUGGAACUCCCUGAUCUCCAGACCCUGCUUCAGCCGCCGCUUCGUUUCCCACCACCAGAGCAAGAACGAAACCGGAGGCGAACCGCCUCUGCUUCUCCCCUCCGACGACCACCCCCUGUCUUCGAUCCUGAGCUUCCUCCCCGUGCCUGGAGAAAUUCGAUCCAAAUUCGUAGUUUGGGAUUCCUUCAAGGACUUACUCCUAUGCGGAUUUAA